AGGAGGGCAGAGAGGCAGAAGGAGGCAGAGGAGAGACAGAGACAAGAGGUUGGACUUCCUGACACAGGAGAUCAACAGGCUGAGCGAGGAGGGAGGGAGGGAGUCAGAAGUGGAGAGAGAGAGGGACAGAGACUUGUUUCAGGCAACAGAAGAAGAAGUGACAGACUCAGAAAGCAGCAGCUGUGAGAAGAGAAAGUUUCCGGGAGUCGUGUGAGACAUGGAGCAUCCCUGGGUGUGAGUUGGGGAGCCAGGGGGAGUCACACGGAGGGAAGGAUCUCCGGCAAUGAGCCUCGGCAAGAAACGAAGUGGCUUCCAGAUCACCAGUGUGACUAGUGACUACCAGCCGACCUCUCCAGUCUCACCAGUAGCCAAUGAAGGCUCUCCCUCCCCCACACCCACAAAUGGACUCCGCUCACCCCCCACCUCUCGCUUUCGGGUGGUGCGACUGGACCAGGCACCCUUAGGUGGGGGGCGUCGGUACAAGAGAGGGCGCUGGAGCUGUGUGGAGUUUUAUCACCCAGAGGUGGGCUCUACAAUCAGGGUUGGGGCAGGACACUCUCUGGAUUCGGGGCUCCCACGCGCCUCUCCUCUCCGGUCCCCAUUACUUCUCUCCCCAGGAGCUGGAGGGAAGGCACCAAGGUCACAAGGGGCCCCAGUGCUGGUUGAAGGAACAAGCUCAGAUAUAAGAAUUGAGCUUUCUGCCCCAAUACAGAGCCCAUUGGAGGCCCCAGUUGCUGCUUCUCACCCUGAAACUUCUCCAGCCCAACGGGACGACUUUACUGAGCGUCUGAUAUUGGCGAGAUCUGUGUUCUGUGUGGGAGGGGACAAUGACAGUAUUUCCAGCAACAGUUUGGUAGCAAUUGACAACAAAAUUGAGCAGGCCAUGGACUUGGUAAAGACUCACCUCCUAUUUGCUGUCCGUGAAGUGGUUGAGAUCCUUAGAGAACAGAUAAAAGAUCUCACAGAGAGGAACGGUCAGUUGGAGCAUGAGAACAGUCUUUUGCGGUCUCUUUCAACACCUCAGCAGCUCUCUGAGUUGCAGUCUCGCCUUCAGACAUCCAAAAAGGGGGCUGACCAUAAAUAACAGUUCCAUAAUGACUACCAACCCAUUCUGACACUAGAGAGAUGGUGAGAGGGUCACAGGUGGGUGCACAACAGAAUGUGGAUAAAAGGAGAGACUCAUCGCUGACAUCUCAGAACCCCUCUCUCAGACACUACCAAGCAAAAGAUCUAACAGAAUGGAAUAUUUAGGAUUCCGAGGCUGAGAAUUCCAUGGUGACCAAGGAUUCAGGGGCUGAGGACUCCAUGGUGGCCAAGGAUUCAGAAGCUGAGAACUCCAUGGUGGCCAAGGAUUCAGAGGCUGAGGACUCCAUGGUGGUCAAGGAUUCAGAGGCUGAGGACUCCAUGGUGGUCAAGGAUUCAGAAGCUGAGGACUCCAUGGUGGCCAAGGAUUCAGAGGCUGAGGACUCCAUGGUGGUCAAGGAUUCAGAGGCUGAGGACUCCAUGGUGGUCAAGGAUUCUGAGGCUGAGGACUCCAUGAUGGCCAAGGAUUCAGAAGCUGAGGACUCCAUGGUGGCCAAGGAUUCAGAGGCUGAGGACUCCAUGGUGGUCAAGGAUUCAGAGGCUGAGGACUCCAUGGUGGUCAAGGAUUCAGAAGCUGAGGACUCCAUGGUGGAAGAUGCUAAAUGGGUUCUCUUGAGUGUUUCCAUUCAGAGAGAUUCAUGAAAGAAGAUUCUACGGUCAAAACUCAUGGUUCUGGAUUUUAUAGUUGAGGAUCCUGCCAAUCUGAGGUCUCUAUGGUUGAAGAGAAAAACCAGACAGUUGGAGAAUCCAUCUGUGAAGAUAACUGGGAAGUCUAUGGAGUUCACAACUGACCAUGAAUGGUACCUGUGCAAGUUCUUCAGCUAAAUCCAUCAUACUUUGUUCCAUUGCCUGA